GGACAAAGAAAUUGUAUUUGCGCACUUCGUUUUCGUUUCUGAAGUUUCUUAUUUUGAUGGAAGUUUUUGAGUAAACGACCGUUUCAAAUAUUAGCCUUUGCCAAAAUAUUAUGUAAUAAUGCUUAUAGUUAGUCCAAAUUCAGAUUUAGCAUUAUAAUUUAGACUAUAGACAGUUCACCAUUUAGUUUUGUUUAUCAUCUUGUUUAGUUCGAAGAAGAAAAUUUUGAUUUUUAAUUUGAAUAUUCUUUUUAUAGAUUGAUAGCACAAGGGAUGUAUGUUCCAUAGCUUUUCAUCCUCUUUAAGGUGGCUAUUGAGUUCUACUUCUUUAUGCUUCUUGUAUGACUUGCCCUUUUGCUAAGCUUUAAUUUUGUACACAUAUUUGCUUAGCAAUUUUAUGAACAUUACGGUGAGUAUUGGAUUUUGUUUCAGUUCACUUAUAUGUCAUACGUGUGCUUUAGUUGGACAAGGUGGAAAUAAUUGAGUCAACACUUUGGUAGCUCCUUGCUGCUUCCUGACCCCAGAGAACCUUCCUUCCUCCUAACCCCUUCAACCCACCUUCUUAACUAUGGCUGAAGAGAAAGAAGUAAAAUCCUUCAAGGACUUGGGAGUAAUUAAAGAAUUGGUUGAUGCCUGUGACAAUUUGGGCUGGAAAACACCCACCAAAAUACAAAUCGAAGCUAUUCCUCUUGCCCUAGAAGGAAAGGACAUAAUUGGGCUCGCCCAAACAGGAUCCGGUAAAACUGGAGCCUUCGCCAUCCCAAUUCUUCAAGCCCUUCUCCAAACACCGCAACCCUUCUUCGCCUGUGUGCUCUCACCAACACGUGAACUUGCCAUCCAAAUUGCCGAACAGUUUGAAGCCUUGGGAUCUGACAUUGAUGUCAAGUGUGCAGUGCUUGUGGGAGGUAUAGACCUUGUGCAACAGAGCCUUUCUCUUGGGAGGCGGCCGCAUAUUGUUGUAAGCCUUGUUUGUUUUCCUGUGCACUCAAGUGUAUUUGUGACUACCUUUUAAACUGUGCAUUCUACUAGAUUUUUGCACAGCAUUUUGAUUUUCAGUAGUGCCUCGAAUAUAUGAGGUGGCCCCCUCGGAUCAGCGUAAGCUUUGACCUUAAUAGAUGAGAUUAGUAUCCAAAGCAGCUUUACUUUGUGUAGAGAUUGUGUUGUUGUCACUUGGAUGGAAGAGAAGCAAGGAAUCUCAUCUGAAUUUGAUCUUUCACUUCCUUAAUAUUGGUGGUUAUAAUUUUAAACAUAAA